AUGAGGACAACAACGGUCAUCUCGACGCUGCUCGCAGCUGCAGCAUGCGUCUCAGCAUCCAGCCACUCCCAUCCAGUGCUUGCUUUCACCUCUUCGCAAGCUUCCUCGACUAAGCUCCAGCUCCCCUCCGAAUCGACCAUCGAUGGGUUCGUCAACUCGCUCUUUGCGUCUGGCAAGAGCUCGCCAGCGUGCCAGCUUGAUGCCAUUGCCCUUGUGCAGGCCGAUCAUUUGGACCGCAACACAUUCGCUAGCCUGCGACACUCAUCGACCGACUCGUUGCGGGCGAGAUCGUUGGAUGCACCUUCCCAGGUCACCUUCAAUGUGCCCGAAUCCGACAUCUCUGCGCGAAUUGAAAGCAGACUGAAGGAGGCGUGUGGCGCGACUGUCCACUCUCGUGUCAGUGCGUUGGAGAAGGUUGGCUCCUCUGAUCACCUGCUCUUCGCCUCUAUCAAUAUUGGCGACCUUAGGAAUGAGGAAUCUGCACUCCUGAAAUCGCUGCAAUCGCUCGACGAGACCCACCCGCGUAACCUCGUCAUCAUCGCGAACCAGGGUCGACUGCACCAGUACACCAAACGUCAGGUCGUCGCCGUCAAGCCUUCUUCGUCCAACGGCAACUGGACCGAGCCCCACGGCGGCGUCUUUGCUAAGUACCAGCUCUUCUCGACGCCUCUGCUGCUGACUCUCAUCCUGGUCGGCGGUGUCUUGCUCCCGAUCGUCUACUUUGCCGUGGCCCAGCUGGCCCAGGUGCAGACGCCAGACCAGAUGGGUGUCCGCAAGGAUCCCAUCUCGGGCGACAAGAAGCAGCAAUAG